CAUCCUAGAGACAUUGUAGCAGCAUUUUCACAAUGACAAAAUGAUAUAAACUUAAAUAACAUGCAGGCUAAAAUAAUGUGGAGUGAUAUUGUAACAAGUAUGAAGUCCCACACUAGCUUCCUCAACUUAAUUUGCAUUCAGAUAAACAAUGUUAAGCACUGAUUUAACGAGGUCAAAUACAUAAAUGCAUCAAUCAUCCGUGGCAACAUCAUCACGUCCUUUUAAUUUUCAAAUAUAGCGCCCUGUGCGUCACCGCGGUGCGCCCCAGCCCAUCUGACUGGAUGAUACAUCCGCGUUUGGAUGAGGCAGAGCGCACUUGCCUGUGUUGACACUGGACAGAUAUGCGGCUAUGCUCUUGCGUGUGAAAGCGUCUGCAGCUGCAGCGCUCUCUAAGCAGCUACGGGGAGAUUUCGACUCGGAUGAGCGAUUAGGAGGAGGAGGAGGAGGAGGAGGAGGAGGAGGCGGAGGAGGUGGAGCGACCAGCAUCAGAAAAGAAAAAGCAAAAGAAAAAAAAACAAAAAAAAAAACGAUAGGCUAUCUUUUGGUCCAUCGCGUCCACUCGGUGGCAGCGGCCCGUCGAUUGUCAGAAGAAGCCGGGGGCUGGAUUUGAAAUGUCGCAGGGACAUGCUGAAGCUUGAUGAUGAAAGGGGGAAGAGGAGGAGAAAGGUGGAGUGAACCGUUUAUGGCCUGGGACAGGUUUUAAUUCGACCCAAUUGCAAAAUCAGCUACGUCUAUGGUCAGGAGGUGAUGGCGGUGCCGACUGAGCUUCACCACUACUAUUACCCAUUCCUACAGAUGGAUCCUCACCACUUGCACAUCUGAGCCUGUCCACAGCACUGCCUCUUCCCCCACCCCCCUUCUCCUUCUGCCUCCCCUUGCUCAUAUCCUACCUUUUCCUCCACCCUCCUCAUCCAGCUACCACUUUGUUCUCCCUUCCCAUUUCUCCUCCUAUCCCUGCAUCCAAUUUCCUCACCUGGAAUUUCUCUGUAUCUCUGCAAUUAUUUUAUUAUGGCGUGCUUUGGGCGCUCUCUGGACUCCCCGUGCACACUAGCCUUGCUGGUGGGCUUCCAGUUUGCCUUUGUCCUCUAUUUCUCCCUCGGGGGUUUUAAAGGCCUGGUGUCUGUCCUGGUGCACACCACAGAGCCGGAGUUUGAUUACUCUCGACCUCAUGACGUCUACACCAACCUCAGUCAUCUGGGAGUACCGCCUCCCCCGCCUCGCAACUCUGGCACUGGAUCCCCUGCCACAGGACCACCACUGAGAGACUGCCAGAUCCCCUCCCCACUGCUGGUCGGACCUGUGUCUGUCCAUCUGUCCUCUCCUCUGUCUCUGGAGGACAUCAGACAGAGGAAUCCAUUGGUGUUGCCAGGCGGACGCUAUCGGCCUCCAGACUGUGAACCCCGCCACCACACAGCGAUAGUGGUACCAUACCGGAACCGGCAGACCCACCUCCGUGCCCUGCUCUACCACCUCCACCCCUUCCUGCAGAGACAGCAGAUCCACUACAGCAUAUAUAUAGUGCAGCAGUGGGGGAAUGGUACUUUUAACCGAGCCAAGCUGCUUAACGUUGGGGUGCGGGAGGCCCUCAGAGAUGAAGACUGGAGCUGCAUCUUCCUGCAUGAUGUUGACUUGCUGCCUGAGAACGACCACAACACCUACACCUGCCACAAGCAGUUCCCCACACACCUGUCUGUGGCCAUGGACAAGUUCAGAUACAGGCUGCCGUACCCGCAGUAUUUUGGUGGGGUGUCUGCAGUAACCCCAGACCAGUACAUGAAGAUGAAUGGCUUUCCCAACCAGUACUGGGGCUGGGGUGGAGAGGAUGACGACAUUGCUGCCAGAGUUCGUCUAUCUGGCAUGAAGAUUGUGCGCCCUCCAGUGGCCAUUGGUCAUUACAAGAUGAUCAAGCAUAAAGGAGACAGAGGCAAUGAGCAAAACCCACGCAGGUUUGACCUUCUGAAAAGGACCAGACUUAACUGGCGCUCUGAUGGCCUCAACUCUCUGACCUAUGAGCUCCUUUCCAAACAGCUGGAGCCUCUCUACACCAACCUCACGGUCAACAUUGGAGAAGACCCCCGUCUGCCUCCGGGAAAAGCACCCAUCCCUCUGAAAACAACAACCCCGGUCCACCAACGUAACACCAGCAAGACGGAAGGCACAGGCAAACAGGAAAAGAGACAACAGAGCAAAGGGUCUGUGGGGGCACAUAUGACUGGGGCCAAGCAGGUCGGUGGAAAGACAGAACCUGCACGGUCAAAAACAUCAAAUCAAACAACACAGGAGAAGACCGGUGUGAUGAAAUAGGAUAAGCUAUAUAAGGUGUACAAUAAAAGGCCUGCAUCACAUCUGUAGCAUUAAGUGGCUUCCUCCUUCAUGUUGAUCUGAAAGACCAAAUGGAGAAAACAGUUUAAAUCUGUUGUGUUGUGGGACUUCAAGUACACCAGCGUUUUGUGCUCAGUGCCGGUUAGGGAUAGUUAUGCAAUGGAUCAAAUGAAGAAGCCACUUUUUGUCUGCAGGGGUGCAUUCAGGAACACGACUGAGUCACCUCUUGGUUUAUCGUCCACUGAAUGUGACUCUGGCUCUCGCGACUGACGCCAGCCCGUGGUCACACUCGCGUAAUUAGGAGAGGAAAUAUGAACGACUCGGUCAUAUCCACAUAGAGGUCCAAAACAAACUAAACGAAAAUGAGACAGCAAAUAUAUAAAUCUCUGCUCUUUUUCCAGACUUCGCAAGUUGUACGCAACCCAUCUGCUGCCAGCAGACCUGCAGCUUCAUCAAGUCUGCUCCCCCCCAAAAAAAAGAAAAAAGAAAAAACUGCUGCUGUCAGUCCACCCCACUCCACAGUGGGUUUGUGUUUCUGUGCCUUCUAUCUUUUAUGCUCAUUUUAUAGACUGGUAAAGUUCUGGUAUAGUUGCUUUUAGACGCUGACCUGGGGUUAAUAUUUACCUCUACUUGCCUCGUGGCAAAAGUUAGACAGCGGGCAGGAUAAAGCUGAUUCUCGAUCAGAACAAACGAUUUGUUCCAGGACUGCCGUUUUAUAUUUGUGUGCACUGAUCAAGCGCUGACCAACUCCAUAGUUAUCAGACAAUUCUAGAGUUUAUAUUUAUAUAGAGACUUCUUUAUUUGUUUACUGGUUUGUUUUACUUGUCCUUCCUUACAGUCUGGUGCCUCUCUCUCUCUCUUACAUUUAGUUUCUAGACAAUCAAACAAUAGCUCUGUAUCCAGCCACAUAACAAAGUGAGGAAAUAUUAUCAUGACUAUCUUUGCGCCUGUCAGAUAAACAUAGACUUGGCAUGAUAGUUGUUGUCCUAGCUUGACUAUACUCUCGAUACAUGGAUAGACCUGUGCUUCUGAUAUAAUCUGUGGUUUUUUGAAAAAAAUCAUUUUUCUUUUACAUAAGUCAGGUAUGGGGAUAAAAGCGAACUUGGAAGACAAUAUUGAAGGCACGUGACUACACAUUUGCCAGUUUUUUGAUUGUGUUUUAAUUACAAAAGGUUCAUAGUUACGAUGAAGCAGUGUGUAUAGAGCUAGGUGAGCUUCUUACUAGUGACAUCCUCACAAAGGGUCUUUCAGUAUAUUGUGAAAGACCUCAGUGCACCUGAAAGCUAUAAAAGGAGUGUCAUGCCUCUCCUUGUCUUUCUUCAUUUGGUACAGCAAAGUUUUUGUGUCUUGCAGGACAGGAGACAAGGAAGAAGAAAGAAAACCUUUUUAUUAUGAGGAGGAUACCAAAUCAGAACAUGCAUAUUAUAGGUCAAUUAUCACCUUCGUUGUUCAUCUCUCUGGUAUUCCGUUUUGUUUUUUUCACAUCAGCUAUUUGGAAUGUAUUGUUUUGAGUGUCCAUCCUAGUUUACCUGUUGUGAAGGGUGAGUUUAUCAGGUGAGGUGCUUAGUUUGUGGACGAGGACUUGAAUAUGAUCACUGAUAGGCCGUAGGAUUUCUUGCUGCUAUCUGACUAGGGGAGUGGUGAACUGUACAACUAAACAGCUUGAAAAAAUGACAUAUUGUAACACAGAAUUGCUGGUGUGGAAUUGUUUUAUCAUAUUAACAGGUAAUGUAUUACUUGCUAAUUUGAAUGUAUUUUAUUUAUUUAUUUAUUUAUUUAUUGCAUCACUGAUAGACACUGAUAGAUGAUUUUGCAGUGUGGAUGUGUUUUAGGGCUUGAAACCCCCUUCCCCGCUAUAGAGCAGAUUAUUACCUGUUUGUAUCAUAUCGCCACGUUUCAUAUGUUAACAUAGUGCCUCAUGAAAUAAGUCCAUAUGACUGACGGAUUGAAGGCAUACUGCUGGGUCAUAUGUUAGCGCCCUCAAGUGGCACAGCCUAUCAUAGCGCCAGCUAGGAGGAACCAAGGACUGAAUGAAACUGCAGUGUUGUGACAUGAAUGUUAAUCAUUAACGUUUGGCCAUUCACAGGUUUCAGCCAAUCAAAUCUUUGCACUGCUCUGUGUGGAGGGUUUCUCGUUUGCGUGGCAUCACAUGAUUGAUCCUGCCAGCUUAAAGGUGUAGAACAACUAACUGAACUUUACUGGUUAAUAGAACCAAAAACUACACGGUGUGCAUUUUAUGAAUGGAUAUAGAAUUUAUAGAAGGAGUCUAUGUUUAUUUAUGGAGAAAUAUUACCUGUUUUAAACAAAGAGUGCUAUACAAACAUUGUCUUGACAGAGUACAUAGAAAGAUGAUAAAACCUAAUUUCUUAGCUUUAUACAUCAUAAUUAUUUAGUUGCAUAGCAAUAGAAAAUAUAGCCUCCAUUUAUCAUAUUGCCCAGGACAAUGCCUAUAUGACAUGAAGCAAUGACACACUGAAAGCUUUUAAGGAUGUUAUAUAAUCUCAGCAGAUUAAUCAGCAAACUAUGUGCUUACCUGGAGAUUGUUACUAUAUUUAAUAAAUAGGCUAGUUUUUAUAAAGGAUAUGUUGCUUAAGUGUUGGAAAUAUAUACUGUGUAGUUAAAUGAAGUCAGUAAUCAGGAUUGGGACUUCAUGGUAACAUUUUUUUAUUUCAAAAGUUUUAUCAUGAGUUUGUUCUGUCAUUAAACACACGUUUGAGAAGUGUAAAUGCAAUGUAAGAGAACCACCUGACUAGAGAGUUGGGAAGUGUACGCAUUCCCGGCAGAUACGAUGCGAUUAACACAUUAUAUCACUUAUAUGGAAGUACCAUAAUAUUUGCAUCACCCGUUGAUGCCUGUCAUCAUCUUAGGUUGCCUUAUUUACUGACCUUAUCUUGAAGAUGAAAGAUUGUGUCCAUAUGAGUGUGUGUGUGUGUGUGUGUGUGUGUGUGUGUGUGUGUGUAGCGUGUUCAUGUGUUGGAGUGUGCAGAGAUCAUGGUCAGCAAAAAAGGCAACAGAAGCAGUGAACUACGGUGUUGUGACAGACAGCAAAUAUGUAUACCAAUAAAAACUCAUAAUCAAA